UGAACCCGGGGUGUGUGCCGGUGAUUAGAACUGUGUUGAUGGCGUCCAGCAGCAGCAAAGCUCUGGAUGUUCGUUCGGCUCUGCAGAGAGCAAAAAGGAAGAUUUUCAGCCUUCAGCAGCAGCUCCAGGAAGAAACUAGUUCAGAGAGUCGUGAGGAAUUCAGUCCGUCUUCAUGGACGCCCAGCAAAGAGCUCAGAGAAUCUCUGGUGGACAUGUACAAAGCUAAUCCCAGAGUGAAUGUAGAACUCCGUCAGUGUCUGCCAUCACCUGUCAGGCCCCAAAUCAGCGACGCCACACUUCAGCUCAGCAGAUUACCGCCGCAGCACAGCAGCCCCGAGAGAUCAGGAUCUUGUGUGAGUCUUGACCACGUUGACUGGCCUCAAGCUCCUCAGCACCUUCAGGAGUCUCCAACUUUGGGCUCUCCCUCUCCAGUCUCCCAGAGAUUUCUCUCUCCUCCUGUCUCUCCUGCUGUCCAGAGGAGGUCGCUCUCCACUCCUUUUUCUCCACUGUCCCAGAGGAGGUGUGUUUCUCCUGGGUUCUCCAAGCUUGUAGGAGGUGCACCAGUGAUGGAAGUGGACCUUUUAUGCAGCCGCGACCCAUCGCCCCUUGCAGAGAAUUGCAGUGAAGAACAUGAUGGAGGUCGAGCACCCAGAGGUCCUGGUAGCCCUGUCAUCAGAAGACACCUGGUGAUCACUGACAAAAGUUCCCACCCAGCGGAGACGUCUGUUCCAGCGGCUGCAUCUGGUCUGGUUCAGACACUGGACCAUGACAAGAACAUCUCUUUCCUACUGAAGGAGCUUGAUGCUCUACGAGAGCUCAACACAAGGCUGCAGGCCCAACUUGUCCAGAAGGAGAAAGAACUGGAGAGGAGAGCGCUGGAGGAAGGGAUGAGGGAGGAACAGCAGGAGGCCAAGCUGUGGGAGAGACCUUCAGCGGUGUUGGAGGAGCUGCUGGCUGCUCAGAAGGACAGAGACCAGGCUCUGAUGUCACGACUCCUGCUGGCCAAUGAGGAGCGAGACGAGGCUUUGCUUCGCGCCCGUCACCUGCAACAGACCGCCGCCAUAGAGUAUGAAAAGUUGGACAGUGGUAAUGAACUGGAUACCGACAUGAAUGUGGAUGAGCUCCUGCAGUGUGUGUGCAGAGCCGACUCCGUCCAGGAAGUAGAACAGUUUGGUUCAGUUCUGGUUCAGCGUCUUCGAUUGGCAAGGCAGCGUCGAAAUGACAUUACUGCCCAGGAGAUGCAGGCUGUCAUAGAAGAGCGAGACAACUCUGUCAGCAAGUGUAAACGAUUGGAGCAAGAUCUUCAGGAACGAGAGAAGGGAUCCUACAAGGAGGAACUACAGAGGCUUCAGAGAGAGAGAGAUAGUGCUCUGCAAGAAGGACAGCAGCUUGAGAUGGAACUGCAGGCACUACGAUCCAAUCACAGUCCCCAGAACCUCCACAGCAGCCAAGAGUCCCGGCCUUCAGCUCCAGCAAGUUCUGUGGACUCUCAGGAGGCUCGUGUCCUCCUCAUCCAGCUGCAGCAGCUCUCCAGAGAGAAGAAAACUGUGGAGGCCAAACUUGAGCGCUGCCAGGAGGCGGAACGUGAAGCUUGCGAGCAAGUCCAUAGGUUGGAGCGCCUGGUCGAGGUCUUGAGGAAGAAAGUUGGGGCUGGAAACCUCCGAGCUGUCAUCUGAUCUCUUCUUCUGAACUUUUAUUAGAAACUUCUUUUUAAAUAGUUUUUAAUAUUCUUCAGCUCAUAUCUUUCUGUUUUUUUUAUUGCAUUCGCUUAAUCAAAUGAUGUGCAUAUUUCACAUUUAUUUUUCCUUUUUAUUGUUAUUAUUUUGAUGUUGCUCUUCUUAGUAUGUAAUAUUUUAUUUUUGUCUCUCUUUUGUUGAUUUGUGGUUUAUUCAUGACAUAUUUUAUUUAAAAGAGUGACUUCUUCUGAAGUUGGGAGUUUGUUUUUUCUCCUGUGGUUUUCUUUUUUCUUUACAUGUAAUAAAAUUUGUAAAUCAUUUUUCUUUAAUAUUUUAUAGAAUAUAAAUACAAAAAUGUAAAGUAUCUUUCAUGACCAUUCUGGGGUGAUUUUUGACAAAGAAAUUUGUAAAAUACCACAAAUAAAUGAAAUGUGAGAACAAGGCUUAACAUUGCUUAAAUAAAGGGGGGGAAAAAAAAUCUUAUUUUUAUAUAUAGGCAGCUGAGUUGAAAUGAUCACAUGAUCAGAAUUUGCAAUUUUGAAAAUUCUCUGAUGGAAAAAGAAUCCCGUUUAAUGUGGUUUAAUUCAAUCUUCCCUGAAGCUACAAACAAAUGGUAUAAUUUUUUCUAUAUACAUAGAUAUUUAAAAACAUAUUUAUAACAUAAUUAAAGGUGGUCUUAUCACGAUUUGGAGAUUUUAGUCUUUCAGAGUCCCUAAGAUGAUAAUUUUUCCUUUUUUCUUGCUGUUAAUUGAAGCUCAAAUUGCCUUUUAGUUCCUUUGUUGAUUUAAGGUUUGUCUCUUAAACUCAGCACAUUAAAAAAAAAGAAGCUGUCAGGAAAAGACACUUUCUUGCGAUGAAUUUUGAAGGAUCACAGUGACAUGUGUGAGAAAGCCUCUCUGACUCCACGUUCCCCAAAAACUUCAAAUUAAAAUUUAACUUUGGCAACUUUUAACAACUCGGUCAAGCUGUCGAUUUAAAGAGUUGAAGGUUGAUCGUGGGGUCUCGUUUCUGCCUGAAAACGUGGUUUCUGAGUUUAAAUUGCUGUUCAGCUUAUGAACACAGACUGUGAACCAGGUGGACUCGACCCCGUCACUAUAUUUGAAUACGGAGACCAACAGAGAGGUGAAACUUUUAAAUUCAAACUUCUGUCAUCUUUAAAUAAAAAAGCCGUCUUCUCCGCUGAAAAGUUUUAGUCAAUCUCAAAAUGUCAUGAGGAGGUUUCAGUGAACUUUGUUGAAGAGGUCCGUCGUGGGUCACUGAAGACUUGAUUCAACUUUGAAAUAAUCAUUUGACGGCUCACAUUCAUUUCUAUGUGAUUUGCAUUUUGGUGAACAGCGCCCUCUACCAGCAAGUGAGCACACUUAAAGGACCCUUCUGUAUGUUUUGAUAUUUGAGCACGAAA